GCCGCCCGGGCGCUGGUGGCUGGUUCUCUGGCUGCCGCCCCUGGCUACGCUGCCCGCGGUCGCGGUGCGCGAGGAGGAGGCGGCGAUGUCAGGGUAACUGACACAGUAGAAAGUGAAGCCACAGAAGCAGGGGGCCAGUGCAGUCCCACACUACAUCAGCUGAAUAUUACAAGCUUCAUGAUAUUUAAACCAAAUGGAGACACCUGUCCCAUUGGUUCACAUAAACCCGACUCGAAGCCUUUGAUAAUAUGGUUAAUUCCAUCUGCAUGUUCCUUAAUCUGUUGAAGACUGAGGGGAAAUUCAGAACAAGUUCUAACCAGGAAGUCCCUUAUAUAGCAUACACUGAUGUCAAAACCAAGAUUCUUGCCUCUUCUUGGCCUCCUCUAUCUGAGGAGGAGUAAGAAAGACAGUCCUUAGCUGUUAGGUGUGGCCAGCCUUGCCCUCUAGUUCAGGGUAUACUGGUGACUUCACACUUGGCUUCCUUGCCGCAUGGGCCCAGGAGUGGGUGGCCUGGAGCCUGAACACAGGAGUGAUACUGCAAGGGAAGUUUGAAGAGGAGGGCUGAGUGAACCUCCUCUCGUGCUGGCGACUCUUCACGGAAACUGGCUGUGUUUUCACUGGCUGGGUUACGUUUGCUCAGCUGCCCAGUUUAGCUCUGGUUCCUAUUCAGAGACCCUGCAGGAGGUAGAGAGCAUGCGAUGUGGGACUGCCAGCCUGAGGCCUUCCAUUCCGUCCUCUGGCUCGAUAGGAAGUGGGGCCUCCAAGUUCCAAGAUGUAAGUCUCUGAAGGAAACAGACAUAAUUAAAACAACUGUGUCAGACUGUUACUGCUACAAUCAAAAUUCGCAAGUAGAGUGGACAUAUGUGUGGUCAACUGUACAGGUGACAGUUACCAGUCCAGGCCUGCUCAGAUUUGUAUAUAUCACAGGAAGUCAUAAUUGCCAGCAUCCAGAAGGCAUUCUGUCAUUUAUCAGAUGUGUGAUUCAUAACUUUUGGGCACCAGAGGAGUCUAACGAAAUGACCAUGCUUAUCACUCCAUACGGAGAAACCGUAUGCUUCUCUGUGAAAGCCAUCGGGAGGGUGUUUACCUACACAGUAAGCGUGGACCGAAACAUUGUGGAUUUCAAACUCCUCCUUGUGUUUGUGGCAGGCAUUUUCCUCUUCUUUUAUGCAAAGACUUUGAGCCAAAGCCCUGCUUUCUAUUACUCUUCGGGUACCAUGUUAGGUGUUCUAAUGACACCAGUCUUUGUCCUUCUGAUGAUGAAGAGGCACAUUCCAAAGUAUAGCACGUUUGGGGCGCUAAUGAUUGGUUGUUGGUUUGCUUCAGUUUAUGUUGUGUGCCAGUUGAUGGAAGAUCUGAAGUGGCUGUGGUAUGGAAACAGAAUACAUGUAUUAGGCUACAUCUUGGUUGUUGGGCUUUGUAGCUUUGCCGCCUGUUACAGGCAUGGACCUCUCGCUGACAAGUGGAGCAGAGACUUUCUAAUGUGGACACUGCAGUUCCUCUCCCUGGUCCUGGUCUACAGUGGUGUGGCUGUGCCUCCGUUUGCCUAUGCCAUCAUGGUCCUCCUCCUGUUUUCCUGGAGCCUGCGCUAUCCACUGAGAGCAUUCAGCUAUCUGAGGUGGGUUGGAGUCUGGCAACCCGAUAUCCUGUGUUUUAGGAAAAUGAGGUCUUGGUUCACAACAGAACCACUGGUGGUGAGGUUUCUCACUGACGAUGAGUACAGGGAGCAAGCUGAGGCUUCAACAGCCAGCGCUCUCGAGGAACUGCGCCGUGCCUGCUGCAGGCCUGACUUCCCUUCCUGGCUGGCCGUCUCCAGACUCCAGGCUCCUAAAAAGUUUGCAGACUUUGUUCUCGGAGCGAGCCACUUGUCACCUGAAGAAGUCAGCACACAUGAAACGCAGUAUGGGCUUGGGGGUGCCUUCUUGGAAGAGCAGCUCUUUAGCCUUCAUACUGACAGUCUACCUGCAAGUUGACUUCGCUCCGAACAAGAGAGCCGGGAAAACGCAAAGGUCCUAUUCCAGAGGGCAGAACCAUCUGAUGGACACUGGGAAAAGUACGCACUGCAGAGCAAAAUAAGCCAUACGAUAAGGAAAAGCACACAUGUUGAGAACUUACUCUUGGCAGCUCACUCACUGUGCGGUCAGUGGCAUGGAGACUCAUUGCCACUUGCCCUGAAUUAAGACCUCCAUUAGAACAGUGACAUCUGUUCAUUAGGGCCAGUAAACAAGGUCAGAUACUGUCCCUGCACCAGCUGUUAACAUCUUGAUGCCUCGAAGCUGGGCCAAAAGACUGUGUUGUUCUCCCUCCAUUUCUUAUUAUCGGUGUUUUCUAAAGUGCAGUCCACAUGAUACUAGUCAUGGCUGGUAAAGGAUUCUCAUGCCAGUCAUGAUGGACUCAGAUUCACACACACUGCAGGUUUCUGAGCCUUCAGUGGUGUGAAGGCUUUGUGGGGCAGGCAUAUGUCCAAGGGCUAUGGACUUAUUGGCCAUAAACCAUUUUUCAUGAGACUGAUAACUUUAGAACACUGGAAAAUGCUACUGAGGUGUAAUUUAGGCUUGAGAGACUUGUCCUCGGCGGCCUUGGCAAUAUUCCAGCCCUGUGCAUCCUUCAGAUGCAGGUUCAAGGCUGGCGCCCUACAGCCUUGGUCUCACCAUGUUGGUGCCUCUGUUUUGUUUUGUUGUAGUUGUUUGUUUUUUAAAUACUUGCCAAUUAGCUAUAAUAACCAAUGAAAAAGAAACAUUUUUUAGGAUUGUAUUUAAUGUUUUGAUAAGAUUUUAUAUGCAGAUUAAAACUUAUAAUUACUAUUUUUACUUUUAUAUAUUGAAAUUGACAUUUAUGACAUUUUGAGAUUUAUUUUUUUAACCUGCUUUUAUGUGUUUGCAAUAAUUUCUCACAAAAUAUAUGUUUGCAUAAUUUCUCCCAAAAUAGACUUCUGAUACUUUUUUUUUGUAGAGAGCAAAUGUUUCCUGAUUCAUCAUAAACUCCAGCAUGAAAUGAGCCACUAACUGUGCUUUGACCACAAAGGAGCAGAAACACGGGUCUAAGGGUUGCAUAUGGCUAAUGUAUGUGAACAUGUCACUGGUUUGAUUCUCUGAAAAUAAAAUGCAGGGUUGUUUUGGUUUUGUUUGUAAUAAAAUGAUUUUAAAAAAUGAGAAAUCAUCCUAUUAAAGAAAGGCACAGUAAGGGAGGAAUAUACAAAAGUUGUCACUGUCAUUUCUUGAGAGCAAUAAUAACUGUGUGGAACUUUCUAGAUUGAGUCUCAAAUGAUCUCUCUUUGAAACAGUCUUUCAGUGUUUCUAGGUCUGAUUUUGACAGACAUAUUUAAUAUUAGGAGUCUCGUUCCUUUCCUUAGAAAUUUCACUCAUUUCAGUGUGUGCCUUUAUAUAGAUCUUGAUUUUAAAAGUCAAAGAAUGCGGUCUGGGGAGAUAGCUCAGUGGUUAAGGAGCACUCACUGCCUUGCAGAGGACCAGCAUUCAGUCCCCAACACCCACCUGGCAUGACAGCCUGAAGCCAUCUGUAACUCCAGUUCAGGGGAUCUGAUACCUUCUGACUCUUCAGGCAUCAGGCAUGCAUGUGUUGUACAUACAUGCAGCCAAAACACUCAUGCAUAAAAUAAAAACUUUAAACCUAAAUAAAUUUAUUUAAAUUUAAAUCUAAAUAAAAUUCAUAUACAAAACUGUCAAAUGAGGUGCUUCCACUCAUCUUGGCAACUAUUUUGCAGGCAUAGACAAGAGUUCUACCAUGAUUUGGUCACAGCUUAACCUGGUUUUCAUUUUCUGUAGCUUUAUUUCUUGGUGGUAUACUGUAACAUGUUAGGUGUGUCCAUGCUUGUGCGUAGCCAUGUUCACCCCUCCCUAAGCAGCUUGUCUAGUAUAGACUUGUUUGUGUGCACCCGCUGGUCCACCUGACAGCCCAGCCUUCCUGAGCCCCUGGAGGCUGCACUGUGAGACUGACCCAGGAGCACCCGCUGGUCCACCAGAACAGCCCAGCCUUCCUGAGCCCCUGGAGGCUGCACUGUGAGAAAGCAGCUCCAACAGCAGCAAGCCAGAGAAACCAUAAUGAAGACAGAGGCAUUCUUUUGGGAUGCUGUUUUUCGUGCUUGUUUUUGGAAGGAAUCCUGGGAUCUGUCAGAUUGUUACGUGACAACUGUGAGAUACUAAACAAUUAAAGCACUUCUGGUGAAA